AGCAUCCUUGGGGACGUAGAGGAAAGAGAAAGCGGAGGGAGUGCCCUCGGCUCCACCACGUUAGGACCAAAAACGGGGAAAGCCAGGUGAAAUGAUGCAGAGGAAAGUAAAGCCUCCCUCAGGGGUGGGUCCAGGCCGCUCUGCAGAACUGCGUGUUUUUCGUGGCCCCUCAAGUACGGCCCAUGAAUCUCGUCUACCUGGUGCACCUCUUAGACGCCAGAGGUCUCUUACAAAUCUUUCCGUGUUGACCGAUGCUGAGAAGAAAUUACGCCUGUGUGGUCCAGACUGGUGUGAUGACCUAUCUGCAGUGACGCCUCCAAGGAACCAUAAUGUGGGCCCCCCAUCACCUGCCAUGUCCAGGGCGCUAUCUCGCUCAGAACACUCCCUUCUUCAAGCCAGGACACCUAGCCGCAUUCCCCGUGGUCCAUAUGCUGAGGUCAAACACUAAGUAAAACCUCAGACACCACCACUGGUGGCCCCCCCCAGCAGAAGAUCCUACAAAAGAGCCUUUGAUGACAAGAAGGCAUUCCUCAAAGUGGACCCCGUAGUGGUAACUGUUCUGGGCGAUCUGGAGCAGCUGCUCUUCAGUCAGAUGUUGGAUCCUGAGACUCAACGGAAAAGAACUGUCCAAAAUGUGCUGGAUCUCAGACAAAAUUUGGAGGAGACAAUGUCUAGUCUUCGAGGAUCUCAGGUAACACACAGCUCUUUAGAUAUGACAUGUUAUGACAGUGAUGAUGCCAAUCCUCGCAGUAUUUCCAGUCUGUCGAAUCGCUCUUCUCCUGUGUCCUGGCGUUAUGGACAGGCCAGUCCACGCCUGCAAGCAGGGGAAGCUCCCUCACUUGGUGGUUGUCGUUCUGAACAUGGUGGAGGAGCCUGGCAGUUCUCUCACACUAUGCCCCUCCGUGGUGGUUCACGAAUCUGCAGCAUUACCCAACGUUUAGAACUUCUAGAAAGUGGUGGCCAGGAUUUGAAAUCAAGUUAUGGAAGUGACUCUGACUGUAAAUUGGCAAAAGAGGUGACACAUGAGGAUGAUGAUAUUAUUACAAGUUGGGAUGAGAGCAGUUCCAUAAGCAGUGGUCUGAGUGAUGCUUCAGGAAACCUUAGUUCCGAGGAAUGCAACGCCAGUUCUUCUCUUACCUCUUUACCAUCCACGCCAACUGCAUCGCGACGAAGCUCAACUAUUGCUCUACGCACGGAUUCUGAAAAGCGGUCACUGGCCGAGAGUGGAUUAAGCUGGCACAGUGAAUCAGAAGAACGUGGUCCUCGCAAGAUGGAGUAUGACAGUGGAAGCUUAAAGUCAGAGCAUGGUUCAUCCCGCUGGCGCAGAGAAAAGAAUGAUGAUAGUCCAAAAUCUGAUAUAAAGAAACCUGUCAGUCUGGGACAGCCAUUGCGGAAAGGAAAAAACCCACCCGUUGGUGUUACAUCGCCUAUCACUCAAACUGGACAAGCAGUUUCCAAAGGAGGAGGAGCUAAGCCUGAACAAAAAGCAGUUGAUAAGUCUAAACUGACCCUAAAAACUUCUGGACUGCAGCGGUCAUCUUCUGAUGCAGGACGAGAUCCUCGAUCACCUGACACAAAGAAACCUCCUUCAGGCAUUAACCGUCCAGGAUCAUCUUUUGGCUAUAAGAAGCCAACUGCCCCUUCUUCUCCACUCACUGGUAAUUCAGCCACUCUAGGUAAAAUGCCAAAAUCUUCAGGGAUCCCUGUGAAACCUGCUUCAGGGUCUGUAAGUGGGAACCGGAAGACAAGCUUAGAUGUUACAGGAGUAGCAGAACCCGGGUUCCUCUCUCCAUCUGCCCGCACCAAUAUACAGUACCGUAGCCUUCCACGACCUGCCAAAUCUAGCUCUAUAAGUGUUACUGGGGGUAGAAAUGCUGGACGGCCACUAAGCAGCAGUGUGGAUGCCAGUCUUGUGCCAGUACAAGGAAAGUCUAUGGGGACUCCGUCUACCCGUCUUAAGGAGCCAUCAAAAGUUGGCGGAGGUCGACUGGGAGUCAACCAAACUGAUCGUGAAAAAGAAAAGGCUAAAGCAAAGGCUGUAGCUCAGGACACAGAAUGCAGAGCAAACGCUAAAGUGGAUGCAAAUAUGGCAAAUGUAAAGGAAGGAGCUCCAACAACACCUCACAGGGCUACGGCAAAACCUUUCAUUAAGACACCUGCCUUAUCAAAUCUUGAUAAAGUCAACUCAAACAGCCUAGAUUUUACUCCUUGUGUUACAGAUUUGGUGCCAAGUAAACAGCUCGAAGUCCCUACUGGUGUUGCUUGUCUGACACCAAGUCCUGCACCUAUCCUAAACAUCAAUUCAGCCAGCUUUUCCCAGGGACUGAAUAACUUUAGAAUGUACCCAAAAUUGUCAGGGUUACAUCGUAGCAUGGAGUCACUUCCUCUCACUAUGAGUGUCCCUCCUGCCCAGUAUACUGGAGAUGGUGAUGAUCAAACACCAGAUACCGGGUGGAAUGAUAGCAACCUCAAGUCACCUGCACCAGAGUGUUCUGUCCAGGAUCGAAACACGUUACCAAAAAAAAAUAUCAGGUAUCAGUCACACUCUCAGGAUGAACCCAAGGAGAGGCGUCAUUCACACACCAUUGGGGGUAUUCAAGAUAAUAGCGAUGACUUAUCGCCUCUACCUCCACCUUUACUACUUACUAACUUAGGAAAACCUCCCUUAGCAUGUUUGGUGAGUCCUUCUUCUGUUCCUCGUAUUGCUCGGUCAAGCAGUAUUCCAGCUCAAGACUCUUCUUUUGAACUUUUCAGUUCUUCAAAUUUAGGGAGUUCACUAUCUCUUGCUGAUCGGCCUAAAGGAACAAUGACUCGAUCAGGGUCAUUUAAAGACCCUCCUGAUGAUGUCCACGGUUCUGUUGUGUCUCUGGCAUCAAGCGCUUCUUCAACAUAUUCCUCUGCUGAGGAAAGGAUGCAGUCAGAGCAAAUUCGGAAGCUACGAAGAGAACUCGAAUCCUCACAAGAAAAAGUGGCAGCUUUGACUACUCAGCUGUCUGCCAAUGCAAAUUUAGUUGCAGCAUUUGAACAGUCUUUAGUGAACAUGACUUCGAGGCUACGUCAUCUAGCUGAUACUGCACAAGAGAAGGACUCUGAGCUUGUGGAACUGAGGGAAACUAUUGAUUUACUUAAAUCAAAGAACUCUGAAGCACGAGAUGUUAUUCAAGGUGCUCUCAAUCUACAUGAUCCUGCACCCAGAGAGCUGCGAAUUAGACGUCAGAAUUCAUCUGAUAGCAUUUCCAGCUUAAAUAGCAUAUCAAGCCACUGUAGUGCAGGGAGUGUCAAGGAUAGUGACAACAAAAAGAAGAAAAAGAAAAGUUGGUUGCGCAGCUCAUUUAAUAAAGCAUUCAGUAUGAAAAAAGGACCCAAGUCAGCCACCUCCUACUCUGAUAUUGAAGAGAUGGCAACUCCCGACUCAUCUGCACCAACAUCACCAAAACAACACCAUAGGCCACCAGGUCCAGAGUCACCUUCCUUGCAUUCCUCACCUUCAUCCUCAGUUAUAUUUGAAGCUCAAGAAGGUGAGGAGCCAGAAAAGAGAGAAGUGUCUAAAUUACGGUCAGAGUUAUGGGAGAAAGAGAUGAAGCUAACUGACAUUCGCCUGGAAGCACUUAAUUCUGCCCACCAGCUGGAACAGCUUAGAGAGACCAUGCAUAAUAUGCAGCUGGAAGUUGACCUGUUAAAGGCAGAAAAUGAUCGUUUGAAAGUGGUACCUCCCUCAGUACCCACAAUCAAUCCUUCUGCUUCUCCACGACGUUCAUUGGCAUUGACUCUAAACCAGUCUUUAGGAAUCUCUGCAUCAUCAGAUACAGAUCUUUCUCCAAUGGAUGGCGUGAACGGUUCUCUUCAAAGGGAAGUUACACUCCGUACUGUAGUGAGAGUACCCCCACAGCAUAUUAUUAAAGGUGAUCUGAAGCAGCAGGAGUUCCUUUUGGGCUAUGUAAAAAUUAGUAACAAAGCUGACUGGAAAAAUCUGGACGAUGCUGUUUGCCAAAUUUUCUUGAAUUAUGUUAAUCAGGUUGACCCUGGAGCUACAUUAGGUCUAGGAAGAGAUUCUGUGACUGGGUACAACCUAGGACACGUGAAGAGGGAUCUAGAUUCACAUACUCCUGAUACUCUUCCUUCCAGAAACCUGCGCAGCACUACAAAUAUUAUUUUGCACUUAAAAGGUCUGAAGGAGAGAUGCGUUGACCUCCUUGUGUUUGAAUCACUUAUACCUAAACCAAUGCUCCAGCACUAUGUUAGCUUGCUGCUUAAGCAUCGACGGUUGCUAUUGUCUGGUCCGAGUGGGACUGGGAAAAGCUUCCUAGCACAUAGACUGGCUGAAUAUUUGGUGGAAAGAUCAGGACGAGAGGUCACUGAAGGCAUAGUUACUGCUUUCAAUAUGCAUCAGCAGUCUUGCAAGGAUCUGCAACUGUAUUUGUCCAACUUGGCAAACCAGAUUGACCGAGAGACAGGCCCUUGUGAUGUCCCUUUAGUCAUUUUACUGGAUGAUGUUAGUGAAAGUGGAGCCAUUAGUGAAUUGGUGAAUGGGGCCUUGACCUGCAAAUAUCAUAAGUGCCCUUACAUUAUUGGAACUACCAAUCAGCCAGUAAAAAUGAGUCCAAACCAUGGACUCCACAUAAGUUUCAGGAUGCUAACUUUCUCUAACAAUGUGGAGCCAGCAAAUGGGUUCUUAGGUCGAUAUUUACGUCGAAAGCUGCUAGAAUCUGAGGGCAGCAUUGGAACUGGACAUGGGGAGCUACUCAAGGUUCUUGAUUGGGUCCCUCGGCUGUGGUACCAUUUGCACACUUUCCUGGAGAAACACAGUACUCCAGACUUCCUCAUAGGUCCUUGCUUUUUCUUGUCCUGCCCAAUUGGAAUUGAGGAUUUCCGUGUAUGGUUUAUUGAUCUGUGGAACAACUCUAUUAUUCCAUACCUUUCAGAAGGAGCCAAGGAUGGACUCAAGGUUCAUGGACAAAGAGCUGCCUGGGAAGACCCAGUUGAGUGGGUUAGAGACACACUACCCUGGCCUCUGGCACAACAGGACCAGUCUAAGUUGUUACAUUUACCACAACCCACUGUGGGUACCAGUCUCUCAUCACCACCUAGAGAACACAUUGUGAAGGAAUCACCACCAGCUUCCUUGGAGUCAGACCCACUGAUGGCAAUGCUCUUAAAACUCCAAGAAGCAGCCAACUAUAUUGAAUCACCUGACCAAGAGACGAUGUGUGACGGUGAUCUAUCUUCCACCAUCUGAAGAUUCAAAUAUCUUCCGAAAGCAGUCUGAAACCACAAUAGGAUACCUAUUCUCUAUACAAUACCAUAGUUGCAAAAUGAAGCGGAAUUAUAUUAUUCAGAUGCAUUCAGAUUUUUAUUACCUUAUUUCACCUCAAUUUUGAAUAAUUAUGUCAACCUGGCUCAGAAAUCAAAAAGCAAGUGUUGCCACAUAUGCUUUUUUUAUUACAUGUUAUUUUUUUCUUUUUUAUAAUGGCAAAUUCAAAUCAAGUUCUAGGAGGAAGUUCCUACUUAUUUUAUUUCUUAUAUGUUAACCUUACCUCCCACACCUAAGUACUGAGUCUGAAUUACUACGUGGAUGCCAGCUAAUUGGAAACUAGAAUGUUAUGUUUCAAGACUGUUAUUGGUAUAACCGUACUUCCUUGGUGAUAUUAUUAAAAACAUAAUUGUCAGUUUUUGGAAGUACCCUUCUGAAAAUAAUGUUUACACAGUCCAGUUUUGAUCUAGGGUUUGAUGUAUUUUAUUUCAAAACCAAGGAGUGAAUUCAAGAAAAGGAAAAGAUCAAAUAUCCAAACACACCAAAAGGUCCAUUAAACUGCACUGUGUGGACCUAACCAAAAUAUAUUUUCUUCUGUUAUGCAUAUUUCUCAUGCUAUUCUUUUGCCAGUUGGAACUCCCCUCCCUCUCACAAAAGCAUGCUAGACAUAAUAAUGGGGACAUAUAUACUGCUAUAUGAUUUGUUUUUAGAAAAUUUGAAGUCAGAUAUAUUUUUCUAAUUUUCAGUGCGGCUGCAUGGUCAGAUUUCCUAAUGCAGUUUUGGAAGUCAAAAUCAGGAGUGGGUCAUAAAAAGAGAGAAAGUAUAAAGGACAGAUACUUCUUUUUUUUUAUUUUUAUUACCUGUUGGUUUUGGCUUCCAAAACUGCAUCAGGAAACCUGAUCAUGUGGCCGUACCCUUAAGGGUAUGGGCAGAGGCAUAGCUAGGAGUUCACCCAACCCAGUGGGCCCCCAAUGUGUGUUUACAACUACAGAAGUGCAUCCUAAGGCUGGGUUUCCACAGUUUUCAGGUUUUUUGUUGAUGUUUUUUAAGCCAAACCCAGGUGUGAAUCAUUAAGGGGAAUAAAAAACUGGAUAUAGGACAGGUGCUACUACUCCUCUUUUAUUCAGUGCACUCUUGGUUUUGGCUUCAAAAACCUAAACAAAACCAGAAUGUGGAUACCCAGCCUAAUAUCAGUAGUUAUAUUGAAUUCCAAUUGAACAAGAGUUCUGUAUAUGCUACUAUACAACAUAUGUCUUCUUCGUUGGCCACCACCAGACUACUGCUGGGUUGAUUUUGACCACAGAUAACACAAUGAUAACUGAGUACAGAUAAUGUAGUAGAGGUUACCUGCAGUCCUAUGUAAAGUAACACCACAGAUAACAUAGUGAUAACACUCUGAUUGUUGGUAAUGUAGUACAGUAGAUUCUACCUACAGUGGCCUGUGCCUGUUCCAUGGGGCUCCAAAUUAGUGUCUCUUCCUCCUUCUUGCUGUGCUGAAGUUGCUCCUCUUUUGGUAGCAGCAGCAUGGCAAGUGGGAGAAGACGGCGCCAGCUUGGAGCCCUGUACAGAAUUACGUUAAGACUGAGCUGUGGCGUGUGUCUGUUCCAAGUUCUGGGGCCACCCACUCCAUCAAUGCACACACUGAAAAUUUUAAUUUUAAUUUAAUUGUCAGGGGGUUUUGACCUAGAAUUUAGAACAGGCACAGUGUAACCUGAGGUCCGGCGGUGAUCACGCCUACAGAGGCCUUGAGCGAGUGCACUCUGCUCCCGUACACAAUUAACAUCUGUGCCCUUGGUGGACACCUCUCCUUAGUGGAUCCUAGGCAGCCACCCACCUGCUAGCUACACCUCUGGGUAAGGGUAUCAUUCUGUAAGAUGUAAUUACCAAGCACUGUACAGUAAAGAGCCUUGUGAAGCAAAGUACGGUAUGGCAAUUUAUUAGCAGCAGCAGUAAACCAUUAUAUUAAACACAAUAUUCAGUAUACAACAUAACUGUAAUGUUAAUAGACCUAAUUUGGAUGUGUCAUUUAAGAAUUUAGAAUUAUUUUUAAUUCAGUUUUUAAAUAUAUUGCUUUGUAAUUUGCAAAAAAAAAAAUUUAUCCUAAAAUUAUUGAUAUUCUACAUUGUUGCAGAACUCUGACAAGCCUAACCCAAAUAACUUAAAGCAAAUGAUCAAUAAUUCAUUACAACCUGAAAAGGUUAUUGAAAUCAGUAUUUUAAACAUUUCAGUCAAUAUAGCUUAAAUAUAGGAAUGUAUGCUAAAUUCAGUGUCAGCAUUGAUAUAGUGCAUCAAACCUAUUGUGUGUUUUUCUAUAAAGCACUGUAGAUCACUCAACUAUGCUGAGUUCUAUGAGACAAUGAA